AUGACUUCCGAAGUGGAGCGUCUAUUCAGCCUAUGCGAUGCACAAGGUAAAGGAUAUUUGACUGAACAAGAUCUUCAUCACAUCUGUCCUCAACUCGAUCAAAAAGAUAUCGAAUUUAUAUUUGCACAGUUGGACACUGAUGGGUCUGGAAAGAUAGAUAAAGACGAAUUUUGCAAUGGAUUUAAAAAAGCUGUUCUUGAAGGCGAAAGUAGAGGAUAUGGAGGGAUGCAACGACGUGCAAGCAUCAUAGAUUACUCUGGAAAUUUGAGUGAGUCCAACAAAUCUACCGGACUUUCGGACGCACCAUCAAUUCGAGCAGGCGAGGAAGUCUUCGACAGCGACAUGGAGUCUGGGUUCGCUCGACCUUCUCGUUUUCGCGCUCUUGAUGAGGAUCUUUACAAUUCAGAAUCCGAUACAAACGCGAAUAUCGACUUUUCCUUACCAUGUCACGACGAAGUCGUGCUGCUUUAUCAACAACUUCAAUCCGCUGGAAUACCACAACUUUUGCGAAAAUACGAGCGCAUAGUGGGAUCGUUCUACAAAGAAAUCAAGGAUCAAAAAGAUGAGAACCAACGCUUACAACACGUGUUUGAAACUGAAAAAGAUAUGUAUAAUAAACGAAUGGAGGAAGUUGAGCUAGAACUUGACCAGCAGGUGAUGAUUGCUGAACGAAAAGCUAGGGAAGAGGAGAGAGAGAGGUUAACGAAAGAAAAAGAGGAAAUGAAGGCGCGGAUGGUCGAAGAAAUGCGAACAAUGCAAGGUAACAUUGAAAGGCUUCAGAAGAUGGAAACAGUUUUAGAGAAGGAGGGACAAAACCUCAGUCACCAAAAAGAGCUUCAAGAACGCCUUAAGGAAGUGUGCUCUGAAAAUACUGAGUUACGUCGAGGCUUAGCUGAGAAUCAUCUGGAAUUGGCAAUGAUCAAGAGCGAGCUUGCACAUGUUCGUGCUGAGUAUGAGCAUAAACAAAAUGAAUUGAUUCAACAGAAAGAUCAGGUUUCCGUGGUUUCUCAGGAAAGCGAGAACAUGCAUCGUCAAAUUCAGCUUCUGUUCGAAGCCAAUAAAAAAUUACACGACACCAACGAAAGCCUGAGAGAUGCUCUGGAUAAUCGCGCAUCAGUCAUCAAACAGUUUAACCUGAGGACACCGUCACCAAACCUAGCAAGAACUGCUUCUGAUGGUAUAGUUUUGUUCCAAAACCAAAGCCAGGACUCGUCAAGGAUUUCCAAUCCAGCAACAUUGAGUGAAACUGCCCCAGAAGAAGACGGUUAG